UAUUUAAAUCCCAGGAACUUCACUGAACCACGCUCAUUUUAGCCAGUGCCCCGGCUAUCAGCACAGAAGAGACAGGGAGCAUGGCUCCAGGAGAAAAGGAAAGGAUGGAGGGCCCAGCCAAGAGUGCCCUCCGGAAGGUACGCACAGCCACCCUGGUCAUCAACUUGGCUCGGGGUUGGCAGCAGUGGGCGAAUGAGAACAGCACCAGACAGGCCCAGGAGCCUGCAGGCUGGGUUCCUGGAGGGACCCAGGACCAGUCCCAAGCUCCUAAACCAGCAAUAGACCCCAUCCCCCACCUGAAAGCUCAGAGUGCCCCAAAAUCUCCAUCCUCAAAGCCAGAGGGAUGUGGAGAUGGACACAGCUCAGAGGAAGCCACUGAGGUCUCCCAUAUCAAAAGGAAAGAGGUGACCAAAACAGUUGUCAGCAAGGCUUAUGAGAGAGGAGGUGAUAUGAGCUCCCUUAGCCACAGGUACGAGAAUGACAGUGGCAUGCCUGAACCUGGACAGCCAGAGAAUGACAUCGACAGGAGGCUCCACAGAUACGACUCCCCGACAAGGAGGAGAAAAUGUGCCAACCUGGUGUCUGAACUCACCAAAGGCUGGAAAGUGGUGGAACAGGAGGAGCCCAAGUGGAAGAGUGACAGCAUAGACACAGAGGACAGCGGCUACGGAGGGGAGACAGAGGAGAGGCCCGAGCAGGAUGCAGUGCAGGUGGCGGCUACUAGGAUCAAACGCCCCUUGCCCUCCCAGGCAAACAGAUUUACAGAGCAACUCAACUGCAAGGCCCAUCGGAAAUACAGCCAGGUGGACAAUUUGAAAGGGAGAUGGCAACAGUGGGCUGAUGAACACAUACAAUCCCAGAAGCUAAAUCCUUUCAGUGAAGAAUUCGACUACCAGCUGGCCAUGUCCACUCGCCUGCACAAAGGAGACGAGGGCUAUGGCCGUCCCAAGGAGGGAACCAAAACUGCUGAAAGGGCCAAACGAGCAGAGGAGCACAUCUACAGAGAAAUUAUGGAGCUGUGCUUCGUCAUCCGCACAAUGGCUCGCCACAGACGCGAUGGGAAGAUCCAGGUUACUUUUGGAGAACUCUUUGACAGAUAUGUUCGCAUUUCAGAUAAAGUAGUGGGCAUUCUCAUGCGUGCCAGGAAACACGGACUGGUGCACUUUGAAGGAGAGAUGUUGUGGCAAGGUCAGGAUGACCAUGUUGUGAUCACUCUACUGGAGUGAGGCUUCGGGAAUAAAAGUCAAACUUGACCCUCUCCUGUCUUACUACAAAAUGCUAAUGCAUUAAAUAUUAAAAACACAAAUUGCUCUGUAAUAAGUCUGUAAAUAUUAAAACAUUUUUACAUAAAUGACUUUUGGGCUCUCUACUUCUGUGAAGAAGCUUGAAGCUUUUGAGAAAGCACAGAAAGCAUGUAAAAUGUUAUUAAUAUAUACUACUACUAUUAAUAUUUGAAGUUCCACUUAUCUUUAAAAGCAAAAAUAUUUGGCAAUUCACUGCAGAUAUUAUUACAGAUAUUUAAAUAUUAGCUCAAAGAAGAACGCUGACUUCAGGAAAAGAUCAGCAGAACAUAUUAUGAUGUCAAUGUCAUUUUUCAGGGGGAAAAAUCCAUUAAAUUGGGUUAAACAAAAAUUUUCCAAGAAACUUGACUUCUUGCUAUUUGUUUUUAAUCAUAGCAUCUUAUGAAAUAGGUACAUACAUAAAAAUGUUUUCAAUAAGAUGUUUAAGUUGUUGAAGUUCCUCUGAGGGCUGAGAUUUUGAUAAGUUUCUGGAGUAGUUAGCCUUUCUUCCGUGUGACAUGCAAAUUCCAUGUUAUGGUUGAACUAUGAGGUGUCCCCCAACAGCUCAUGUGUGAAACAAUGCAAAAAAGUUUAGAGAUGAAAUGAUUGGGUUAUAAGAGCCUUAACCUAAUCUGUGCAUUAAUCCACUUGAAUGGAUUAACUGGGUGGUAAGUGUAGGAAGACAGGGUGAGGCUGGAGGAGGUAGGCACUGGGGGCCGACUUUGGGGUGUUUUGUUCCUGGUGAGCAGAGUUCUCCCCUGCUUCCUGAUUGUCCUGAGCUGCUUUCCUCCUUCACACCCUUCCACCAUGAUGCUCUGAAUUACCUGGGUCCCAGAACAAUGGAGUUCACUGUCCAUGGACUGAGACAUGAAAUCAGGAGCCCCAAAGAAAAUUUCCCUCCUCUAAAAUUGUCCGUGUCAUGUCUUGGUCAUAGCAAUGAAAAAACUGAGUAAAACAUUGCAUGAAAACAGAAACCAGGGUGGCUGGUGGUCUCAGGUCUGAUAAAGAAGUUCAAACUUAUGUCAAAGUUCAAUGAAAGUGAAAUAUAGAACAUUCUAUGAAGUAGGAUGUUCAGUGUAGAAAAAUCUCAUAGAAUCAUUGUUGAAUUAAUAAUUUGAGAUACUUAAUUUUCUCCAUUCUCUACAAAGACAAUUUUAUGAAAUAUUUAAAAGUCUAAAAAUUGCAAUACCAGUUCUGCAAAGGUUAAAAAAAGGCACAGUAAAUUUGAUGACAAGGAGAAAAUUAUUUGAUACUAGCCUGCUGGUUGUCAGUUUUUCUCCUUAAUUAGAUUUAAUGUGUUUUACAUAAUCCUAAACAAAAACUGAAUAAAAUGUUAGAUUAUAAUUCUUAUUGAAUUCAAUAAAAAGUUACUAAAAUGCAUUAUUAAAGGCUUUUGUUAUUAUAUAUAAAAAUUAAUGUCAAAUUAUUUCUUGAAAUAAAAGACAUUCAUAUUUGUUAUUUGUUAGGUUUAAAAUAAAAUACAGGUCAAACUGUCUUAAG